GAGGAUUCAGUUGAAAGGUGGCCAACAGCGAAAGACAUGUGCCAUCUGCGCCACAGUAAUUUACCUAAUAAACUUCAUUCUUAUUCUAAUCGUCUUCCACACAGAGAUCCAUUCUUAGCAGACAAUCUUCCUUCUCUAUUGACAUAACUUCCCAAGCUCUAUCACCCCACUGGACACUUCACCUGCGACAAUCCAAGUAGUACUUCUCCAGUGAUUCGAGAUGUCAGACGCACGAUUACGCCGAGUUCAGAAGGAGAUCAAAGACUGCGCGAAAGAUAAGACCAGUGGAAUUGCCAUUGAGAUGAUUGAUGACAACCCCUUCCACCUUGUGGGAGCAUUUCCCGGACCUCCUGAUACACCUUACGAAGGAGGUUACUACGAGGUCGACAUCCAGAUUCCUGAAACCUAUCCUUUUCAGCCAGUGAAAAUGAAGUUCAUAACAAAGGUGUACCAUCCCAAUGUUUCUUCCGCUAGUGGUGCCAUUUGCCUCGACAUUCUCAAAGAUGCCUGGUCACCAGUACUCACUCUCAAGUCAACUCUUAUAUCGCUUCAAUCACUUCUUUGCGAGCCAAUCCCCAGUGAUCCGCAGGACGCGCAGGUAGCAAAGCACUACCUCACCGACCGAAAUUCGUUCAAUGACACAGCCAAGCACUGGGCGCAGGCUUAUGCCCAAGCCCCGGCACAUAAACAACAGAAUGCCAGAGGAAAAGUUGCUACGGACGCUGAGUUGGCGGGAUUGGCUGAGGAACAUGUUGUUUCUUUCAUCGAUAUGGGUUUCCCAAGAGACAAGGUUAUUUCUGUCCUCAGGAGGAGAAACUAUCGAGGAAACAACGUGAAUGCUGCUACAUACAACUCUUGUUUAGAAGAGCUUUUGCAGGACUAG